AUGCUGCGUUCCAACCGCCUGGGCGACGACGCUCGGUCGCUGAUCCAGAGGUCCCUCCAGAACUACGACGACCGAUAUGGCUUCGGCACAAUGAGCUGUGCUGCCUAUGACACCGCCUGGGUGUCUAUGGUAAGCAAGCCUGUGGAUGGUCAGAAACAAUGGCUCUUCCCAGAGUGCUUCGAGAACCUCCUUACCACCCAGUCCAACGAGGGUGGCUGGUCGAUAGGAAUGCGUGCACAAAUCGAUGGAAUAUUAAACACCGCUGCGCCUCUGCUAGCUCUCAAACGACACGCUGCGGAGCCACUACAGCUUUCUCACGAUACCAACGACCUUGCCUCCCGUAUCGAAAAGGCUACUGCGUCGUUGCGGUCUCAACUCGCUGCCUGGGAUGUCUCAACCACAGACCACGUCGGGUUCGAGAUCAUCGUCCCAGCCAUGCUCGACCUUCUGGAACAGGAGGACCCCUCGCUAGUCUUCGACUUCGAAGCCAAAACACUCUUGAUGGAGAUCCACAAUGCCAAAAUGGCCCGUUUCCGACCUGAAUACCUGUAUGGCCCGCACCGACUGACGGCGUUGCACUCGUUGGAGUCGUUCAUUGGAAAGAUCGAUUUCGAUAAAGUCCGGCAUCAUAAGGUUCAGGGGUCCAUGUUGGGCUCGCCGUCUUCCACUGCUGCGUAUUUGAUGUACUCGUCGCAAUGGGAUGGGGAGUCGGAAGAUUAUCUCCGGCAUGUGGUUAAGUACGCUGCUGGUGCUGGCACCGGGGGCAUUCCUAGUGCGUUUCCCUCGACGCACUUUGAGGCUUCUUGGGUUUUAUCAACGUUACUAAGAGCCGGGUUCUCGCCUGCUGAUUUGGAGUCGGCCGAGUUGAGCAAGAUGAAGGAAUUCCUCAAGCGUGCUUUUGAGAAUGAGAACGGUACUCUUCGGUUUGCCCCAUAUUUCUCGCCCGAUGUCGACGACACUGCAAAGACGAUUACUUCGCUGAACCUGCUCGGGGAACCUGUUACGCCUCAAAAAAUGGUUGAGAUGUUCGAUCAUGAGGGCCACUUUCUGACAUAUCCCGGUGAGAGAGACCCGAGUCUCACUGCCAACUGCAAUGCCAUGAUGGCUCUUCUUCGCCAGCCAGAUGUGUCUGUCUAUGCAAGGCAGGUCGUCAAGAUUGCCAAGUUUGUGUGCGAUUAUUGGUGGAAGGCUGAUGGGAGAAUCAAGGACAAAUGGAACACAUGUUACUUGUAUCCAUCACUCCUUGUGGUUGAGGCUCUCACAGAUCUACUGGAGUCUAUCGAGAAUGGCCAGCUACCGGACACUUUUGACCAGGAUACACAGUCCAGAAUUGCCGUCACUCUGUUCCAGGCCUGCUUCCGGGCCCUUCUAGACCAGCAGGACGACGGCUCAUGGAACCAGUCCCUCGAGGAAACAGCAUAUGGACUAUUGAUCCUGACAGAGGCUCGACGACUACGCUUCUUCGACGACCUCGAAGCCCCUCUCAGCGACGCCAUCCAACGUGGUGUUGUAUUCGUCAGCUCUAUUGGUGAUAUUCCUGCGAGCUACAUCUGGACUGAGAAGGUCAGCUACGCAUCGACACUCUUGACGGAAUCGUACCUGCUUGCUGCACUCAAGACCGCCAUGUCUCAACCCGGUUCUGCAGUUGGAUCUAGUCUGUGGAACACGCCCACUGCACGCAUGAAGAAGCAUGUUGAGCUGUUUCACCAAGCACCGCUCUUCAAGUCACUACCCAAAUGGGAACUACACGGCUCCAUGGUCGAGGCUGCACUGUUCCACCCGCUCCUGCGAGCGCGCAAGGAACAGGCGUUCCCCCGGAACGACAUCGAAGAAGACAAGUACUUUGACGUUAUCCCGCUGUUCUGGACAAGUGCGAAUAACCGCGUCCGCACUUAUGCCUCUACCUGGUUCCUGUAUGAGAUGACGGUCAUUGCCCUGUUGAACUUCCAGGUCGACGAGUUCAUGGAGUCCGCUGCAGGCCCUGCAUUCCAGGGUCGUAUGCAAGACUUACGCCAGCUCAUCGUGAAGCUUCUUCCUGAUGAAGAACCCCGUCAGAAUGGCCACACCAACGGCACCACUACUAAUGGUGCUGGUGCUGAAGACCCAAGCUACGAAAUGGUUUACACCCAGCUAUCCAGAUUCCUAAAGCACGUUCUUCACCAUCCUACCGUCCAGUCCUCCAGCCUCUGGGACCAAAAGAUCCUCCGACGUGAACUGCGAACUUACCUCCUCGCCCACGCCACCCAGGCAGAAGACAGCGCCCGCCUGCCACAACAACAAACAUCUCGAUCCAAAUCCUCCGAAACAAGCACAUUCUUCAAAUGGGUCCGAACCAUCUCCGCAGACCACAUCUCCUGCCCUUACUCCUUCGCCUUCAUAAGCUGCCUCCUGGGCACCACGUCAACGCCUCGAGGCGGAGGUACCGACUGUUUCCCCACCGCGCAGGAAAAGUAUCUCUCCGCUGCGGUGUGUCGACAUCUCUCAACCAUGUGCCGCAUGUACAACGACCUUGGCUCGGCGGAGCGGGAUCGCGACGAGGGGAACUUGAACUCGAUUGAUUUUCCUGAGUUUGGGAGUCAUGAGAGUAUCGACGGGAAGAAGAGGGAGUUGUUUGAGUUGGCUGAGUAUGAGAGGAGCUGUUAUGAGGAUGCAUUCAAGCGACUGGGGAAUCUGACCCGGGCUGUGGCGGCGAAGACGAGGGAUGGCGAGGCUGUCAGGUUGGCGGAGAGACGCAUGGCUGUUUGGACGAUGUUUUGUGAGCAGGUGGAUCUUUAUGGGCAGGUUUAUGUUAUUAAGGAUAUUUCCAGUCGGAUUCCGAACUGA